ACAAAUUACUUCCCCUUGGAAAAACAUGGCUGUGCUGACGCCAUGUCCGCAAUGACAAAGACGUAGAAAAUUCAGGAAUUUAUCCUGAUGUCCGCAUUUAAUAGACCCAAAACCUCGUUUGACAUUGAGUUAAUCUAUUUAAGAAAGACGUUUUGUACAGUGGGGAUAGAAAGCUUCAAAGAAAUUUGGAGCUUUCGCACCUGAAUUUUAUGGAAUAAUAUGAAUCUGGACUCGUUAUCAUUUGCUUUAGCAGAAAUCAGUUAUUCAGUGGCAAAUCUCGCAAAGAAAAACUUCAGAUCUAGUGUAGCUGAAAUCAACCAUUUGGUGAGUCAACACGGGGCUGAGGCAGAUAGACAUCUGUUUCGCUGCUUAUUUUCUCAUGUCGACUUCAGUAGUGAUGGUAAAAGUGCUGGGAAAGAUUUCCAUCAGACCCAGUUUUUGAUACAGGAGUGUAAUUCACUUUUGACAAAGCCAAACUUUGUUUCAACAUUGUGUUUUGCAAUAGAUAGUCCUUUACACCAUCAGAAGACUUUAAAGCCAUCAGUGCACCUGUUCUCACAGAUCAGUAAGAUACUUCGUCUGACCCGUGUCCAAGAAGUUGUGUUUGGUCUCGCACUUCUCAACUCGUCCAACAGUGAAAUAAGAGCUCACGCUACACAGUUUGUGAAACAGAAAUUACCAGAUUUACUCCGCUCAUACGUAGAUGCCGAUUCGGCUGUAAGACAAGAAGGUGGGCUUCAGGAUAUUGCUAUUGAAGUUUUACAUCUUCUGCUUGCUCACCUUGUACACUCGAAGGAACAGUUCGGCAUUGGUGUAGAUCAAAAAGAAGCUUUCCUCAAGACACUCAGAAAAGACUUCCCUCGUGAUCGUGUACCAGUUGUUAUAGGACCAUUACUUUAUCCUGAAACAGAAGAUAUAUCAGUGGAUAAACUAACGUUCGUCACCAGUAUGCCGAAAACACAUCUUGAUGCCUCAUUAGCAGACAUGAUUCUGGAGUCAGGCUUUGCCUGUACCUCCACUAUGGAAGAAUGCAGGAAUAUGUUGAUACAGUUUGGUCAGCGGGACAUUACUCCAAGUGUGGUCGCUCAUGUGCUUGGCAUGAUGGCAAAAACACCUUCAGCAUUGUCUGACCAACCAGGACAGGGGAGUGUAGCUCCAGGGAGUGGUUGGGGUGAUAUGAAAGACAAGAUGGACCAGCCUGGUGUGAACAUAUGGAAUGUGGAGAACUUUGUACAAGUUGUUCAGGAUUUGGCACCACACAUGAGCUGGCGGGAUGUUGUAGGAGAGCUUGACUAUCCACAGUUUGUGGUGGCUAACAAGAGGGGUUUGCGUCUGUUGAUGAAGGGGCUCAUUCAGGGGCUGCAGGAAAUAUUUCCAGUGGAAUAUAUAUACAGGCAGUGGAAAAAUACGGAAGGCCAGUUAUCUUUCAUUGUGCAAUCAUUGCGUAAUCCCGAUGUGUUCUGUUUUGCUGACUAUCCCUGUCACGCUGUAGUCAUUGAUAUACUGAAAACUGCACCAGAUGAUGAGAAGCGAGAUAUAGCUGUUUGGAAAUCCUUAGACUUGGUUGAAGUGCUACUACGGUUGUCAGAGGUUGGCCACUACCAGCAGGUGUCAGAGUUGUUCAAGUUUCCUGUACAGAACUGUCCAGACAUGUUGGUCCUCGCAUUACUUCAAAUAACACCAACAUGGAACACCCUGAAGCAGGAGUUGAUAUCAACCUUGAUGCCACUGUUUCUUGGCAAUCAUCCAAAUUCUGCAGUGGUUCUACACUACGCCUGGCAUUGUCAAGGUCACUCAAGCACAAUACGUACCCUGAUCAUGCACUCCAUGGCUGAGUGGUACAUGCGCGGAGAGCCACAUGAUCAGACCCGUCUGUCUCGGAUUCUAGAUGUUGCACAAGACUUAAAAGCUUUGUCAAUGCUGUUGAAUGCAACACCAUUUGCAUUUGUGAUAGAUCUAGCAUGUUUGGCUUCCAGGAGGGAAUAUCUCAAACUUGACAAGUGGCUCAGUGAUAAGAUCAGAGAGCAUAGGGAGCCAUUCAUACAGACAUGCGUAACAUUCCUGAAAAGACGAUGUCCCCAGCUGGUUGGUGGAUUUCCCAAGGACGACCUUCAGUCGAAGAGUCAACAGUUACCACCUGAAACCAUAGCAACCAUGCUUACUUGUCUUCAAGUCUGUGCUAGCAAUGUGAGUCAAGAGCUAUCAGAAAUUAUCCUGACUAUGAUAGCCAGUGCAAGUGUUCUGAUGAAGCAGAGGCAAGCCCCUGUGGGUCCCAAACCUCCCAACCCCACUGCACCAGGACCACAGGUAGGCCCUGGCCCAGCAGGACCUGUGGGUGGAGGUCUUGGUGCUGGUAGUAAUUCUGGAUUGGGUCUUGGACCCAACAUGGGUCAGACAAGCUUGGGAUCUGGAUUGGGAAAUACUCCAUCUACACAGUUGGAUCAAGCAGACACUCUGGGGAUUCCAAAGUCAUGGGGUGUUCCAGGACAGCCUAGUACUGGCUUUGCUGGUCUUGGUGGAGCGUCAAACCAAACUCCUGGAUCACCUGCUAAAGGCUUUCCUACACCAGCCAGUUCAGGCUUUGGCGGUGGAAUACAGAACUUGACAUCACAACUGCAGAAUCUGUCAAUGCCUACUUCAUCUAUGGCUGGUUUGGGUGCCCCUCGAGCACCAGGUGUAAACACCCUAGGGAGCCUAAGUGCCCAGCAGGUCAUGAAGCAGCAGGGUCCACAGUCCACACAGCAACCAAUGCAACCUGGCAUUGAUAGACUGAGGCUUGCCCAGCCAACAGAGUUAUCUAGUAUAUUCCCGGAUAUGAAUCAGCAGUUUACGAAGGAGGUUGAGGAUGAGGCCAACUCCUACUUUCAGAGGAUCUAUAAUCAACCCCCUCACCCCACAAUGUCUAUAGAUGAGGUCUUAGAAAUGCUGAAAAGGUUUAAGGACUCUGCAAAUAGAAAAGAAAAGGAGGUUUAUGAGUGUAUGCUACGUAAUCUGUUUGAAGAGUAUCAGUUCUUUCCCAAAUAUCCUGACAGAGAAUUACACACAACAGCUGUGCUAUUUGGUGGAAUUAUUGAAAAAGGACUAGCUACCUAUAUGGCACUGGGUAUUGCCCUGCGCUAUGUGUUGGAAGCCCUGAAGAAGCCCCAUGGCAGUAAAAUGUACUACUUUGGUAUAGCAGCCCUGGACAGAUUUAAAACCCGAUUGAAGGACUACCCUUCUUACUGUCAGCACCUGGCAGCUAUACCUCAUUUCCAUCAGUUUCCACAACAUCUUAUGGAGUUUGUUGAGUUUGGAGCACGUAAUCAGGAGCCGCCACAUAUAGCCCAGGCCACAACACGCAGUCUGACCCCAGUAACAGCCAGCCUCAAUCUGCUUGGUGGUCAGUCAAUGUUUGGUAUCAGUCCAAACCUGACAUCCACCUCUGGUAGCUCGGUGAUGACAGGCCUCGAUGCUUUCAACCUGACAAACCUACCGACCAUGUCAAGUAUGACGUCAACGCCUACCACUACAGUUACCGUGACAACGGCUGUGACAUCAGCACCAGCUACAACAACCACAGCUGCCACCAAAACACAACCUAUGCCAAAGCCAUCAAUAGCAAGUGCUACAAAUAUAGAUACACUGUUGGCUGGUCAGAGUAAGGAGGAAGUGGUUGUACCAUCAGAAUCUAUACAAGACAGAGUGUUCUUUAUCUUCAACAAUCUCUCCAUGUCAAAUAUGAACCAGAAGUGUGAGGAGUUGAAGAAAGAAGUGAAGGAUGAACACAUGCAGUGGGUAUCACAAUAUCUGGUUAUGAAACGAGCAAGUAUUGAGCCCAACUUCCACACACUGUAUGCCAACUUUGUGGAUGCUCUCAGUAUAAAAGAAAUCACUGACAUGGUUAUAUUAGAAACAUUCAGAAAUAUAAAGGUAUUGUUAAGAAGCGACAAAGGAGAUGCUAACUUCUCUGACAGGACGUUACUCAAGAACCUCGGACACUGGCUCGGGAUGCUUACAUUAGCCAAGAACAAACCUAUCCUACAGAUUGACAUAGAUGUGAAGUCUUUAGUAUAUGAGGCAUAUCAUAAAGGAGCCAGGGAGCUGCUAUAUGUGGUACCAUUCUCAGCAAAAGUUCUGGAGUCAUGUGCUAAAAGCAAGGUUUUCAAGCCACCCAAUCCAUGGACAAUGGGGAUAAUGAAUGUUUUGGCAGAGUUACAUCAGGAACCAGAACUGAAACUGAAUCUCAAGUUUGAGAUUGAAGUUCUGUGUAAAACUCUUAACAUAGAUCUAAAUGAAUUGAAGCCAUGCAAUUACCUGAAAGAUACAUCAAAGCUUAGUACAUACGAGCCACAGCUGUCGAUUAACAAACAGAUCAUACCUAUACCAGUAGCACAGCCAACAGGCACUCCUCAACCAGAGACAGUAGGCGUGGCCUUGACGAACGUCACACCCACUGUGACAACAGCAAGUAUAACUACAACAACAACACCAGGAUCUACACCAAGUCUGCCGCCACAGCCACAGUUUGCCUUUGAUGAUAUUAAUGUGACAUCUCUGGCUGGUCUCGCACCACACAUAGUCAUUAAUGAUCAGAUUGCGGUAUUCCAAGCCAAUCCUCAGCUGAAGCAGUACGUACGAGCCUCACUGGAGAGAGCUGUACAAGAGUUACUUCCGCCUGUUGUGGAAAGGUCUAUAAAGAUAGCUCUGACAACAUGUGAACAAAUCAUGAAGAAGGAUUUUGCACUGGAUCCAGAUGAAAACAGGAUGAGGGCUGCUGCACAUCAUAUGGUACGCAGUAUGACAUCAGGAUUGGCGCUGUACACAUGCCGGGAACCAUUGUAUAUCGCUAUCUCAACCAACCUGAAAAGUGCAUUCAUGGCAACAUUAAGAGGUGCCACCCAGCAACAGAAGGAUAUGAUAGAGCAAGCAGCACAGCUUAUAGCUCAAGACAACACAGAGCUCGCCUCAGCUUUUAUACAGAAAACAGCCGUGGAGAGAGCUAUACCAGAGAUGGACAAAAGACUUGCUACUGACUUUGAUGCGAGGAAAGCAGCAAGGGAGAAGGGUAUCAGAUACUGUGAGCCUGUUGUAUUAACCUACCAAGCAGAAAGAAUGCCUGAACAGAUCCGGCUCAAAGUUGGCGGGGAGACACCACAACAGAUUGCAGUAUAUGAAGAGUUUGCCAGGAACAUACCAGGAUUCCUACCACUGUCUGAACCUGCACUGCCUGCUGGAGUGGCAAAACCCAUGCCAUCCUAUGGUGGAACACCUGAAGAAAUCAUGGUUAUCUAUGAGAAGAUAGCUCGUGAGAUAGAACAGCAUCUCCAGCACCUGAGCAACAUGCCUCCCAGUAACCCAUUUAUUGUAGGUAUCAGUAGUUUGAUGGAAUCAAUCAUGAUGGCCAGAAGUUCCAGAGAUAUUGCAUCUGCUGUAGCUUUACUUCAAAAGGCUGUAGAGGGUUUGUUAGAUCAUUACACAAUGACACAGGAUCAUGAACUGAUGAUCAGGUUCCGAGAAUGUCAUCUACUGGUCCUCAAAGGUAUACAAGAUGGUCGAGCGUUUGGUCCACAGUGGACAAAUAGACAAGUCACCAGAUGCUUGAUAGAUUCUCGUGAAGAUCACAGAUAUAAUAUAGAAGCGGUAGAUUUGUUGAUCCGCAGCGGUCUCGUAAACAUGGCACAGUAUGAUAUAUUUCUAGUGCAGUUGAUGGAGAAUGGUCUAAAUAUGAUUGCAAUUACAUUCGCCAUGCAGCUGGUACAGAGAUAUUGUGUAGAUGAUAAGAUAAACAGUCAUGUUACAGAGUCUGACUUGGUUAAUACAAUAGAGACCCUCAAUCUGAUUGCAGCAAAGUCAAGGGAACCUCCAGCAGGCCUUGAGAACCUUCUACAGAACUUGCGACAGAGUUCUGGAGGUGACUAUAGCGUGCUAGACCGAGCUCCAGUAGCUCCCAAUUCCAUGAUGCAGUCUGGGAUAACCCAGGCACGAGAGAUAGACGAUCCACCAGGACUACACGAGAAAACAGAAUACCUUCUGAGGGAAUGGGUCAACAUGUACCAUUCACCAGCUGCUGGUAGAGACAGUACCAAGGCUUUCUCAGCAUUUGUGCAGCAGAUGCACCAGCAAGGUAUACUGAAGACGGAUGAUCUUAUCACGAGAUUUUUCCGACUGUGUACAGAGAUGUGUGUAGAUCUGUGUUACAGAGCCUUGAGUGAACAAACACAUAGCCCCACUCUGAUACGAGCUAAAUGCUUCCACACCCUUGAUGCUUUUGUUAGGUUGAUAGCUCUACUUGUAAAACAUUCGGGGGAUAAUGCAAAUACGGUCACAAAGAUAAACUUACUUAACAAGGUGCUUGGUAUAGUAGCUGGUGUGCUGCUACAGGAUCAUGAAGUACGCCAGACUGAGUUCCAACAACUACCCUAUCACCGUAUCUUCAUCAUGCUAUUUAUAGAAUUGAACGCACCAGAACAUAUCCUAGAGAACAUUAACUUCCAAGUGCUAACUGCCUUUUGCAAUACAUUCCACAUAUUGCGUCCUGCAAAGGCACCUGGAUUUGCUUACGCCUGGUUAGAGUUGAUCUCACAUCGGGUAUUUAUUGGUAGAAUGUUGGCCCUCACACCACAACAAAAGGGUUGGGGAAUGUAUGCCCAGUUGUUGAUAGAUCUGUUUAAAUUUCUAUCACCCUUCCUGAGAAAUGCGGAACUAAAUAAACCCACCCAUUUCUUGUACAAGGGAACUUUACGAGUGUUGCUAGUCCUGCUCCAUGAUUUCCCAGAGUUCCUCUGUGACUACCAUUAUGCCUUCUGUGAUGUCAUCUCACCAAACUGUAUACAGAUGCGAAAUCUCAUUCUCAGUGCAUUCCCGCGUAACAUGCGCUUGCCUGAUCCAUUCACACCAAACCUGAAGGUUGAUAUGCUGUCAGAUAUACAACAUCCUCCAAGAAUAUUAUCCAACUUCGCAAACAUGAUACAACCACCAUCAUUCAAAAAGGAUUUGGAUUCUUAUCUGAAAACAAGAUCUCCUGUGACAUUCUUAUCAGAUCUGAGAAGCAGUCUACAGUCGAAUGAGCCAGGUUCCAGAUACAACAUCCCGUUGAUGAAUGCCCUGGUACUGUAUGCGGGAACACAGGCCAUUCAGCAUAUACACACAAAGGGCCUCACACCUAGCAUGAGUACAAUAGCUCAUUCUUCACACAUGGACAUCUUCCAGAACCUCGCAGUCGAUCUUGAUACAGAAGGUCGUUAUUUGUUCCUGACGGCGAUAGCAAACCAGCUGAGAUACCCUAACAGUCACACACACUACUUCAGCUGUACACUCUUAUACCUGUUUGCUGAGGCCAAUACUGAGGCAAUACAGGAGCAGAUCACCAGGGUAUUACUGGAGAGGUUAAUUGUGAAUAGACCACACCCAUGGGGACUGUUGAUAACCUUCAUAGAACUCAUCAAGAAUCCACAGUUCAAGUUCUGGAAUCAUGAGUUUGUUCACUGUGCACCAGAGAUCGAGAAAUUGUUUGAAUCUGUGGCUCGGUCAUGUAUGCAGCCAAAGACGAGUGCUACACCUUCCCGGGAUCAGGAAGCUGCAGAAAUACAUUAGUAACCUGAGAAAUGCAGUAGAAAUUCAGUUACAACUUGUGAAAAUAGAGACCAUUUAAUAUUCAUAUCUGUUUAUAUUACUGGAUCAGCAAUCUUGGAUUGAUAUUUCAGAAAUGCUCUUUGUCUAUAGGAAUACAGAUGAAAUAAGGGGGAAAUACUUAUGUCAGUUUAAGUUUGGGCAGUUUCAGUUUCACUGUGUUCAUAACUGAAAUAGAAACUGAAACUGGGAUUAGUAGGUAUGGUUACCCUUGUGGGUUUUGUGAUAUUCAUUAAAGAUGGUUGUACAAUAUUAAAGGUAAUUUAUGUGGACCUCUGCUUUAUUUUGUUCAAGCUAUAACAAUUAUAAAAUAAUAUCAAUAUGGUCUGUCAAAUGAUUACUGGUUUCUGUUACAUAAGGAGAGGUUCUUGAUUUACAUUUACUAAUGUAUUAUUUUACAACUAUUACUUUUUGACAUAAAGUGUGAAUUGAAGUUUUUUCUUUGAAAUUGUGAUAGAAACAUUUUUUGCAGUCUUGGUGUUUUGAAAAUUAAUUUUCAGAUGUAUUGUUGUAUGUCAACUAUGGUAUAUUUAAAAUCUGUUGAUAUGUUUAUCUGUUGGUCGAUGUGUGGAUUACGUCUUUAGUUCUAUUGAAAUAUUGAACAUUUAUGAAAACAUGUUCCUUAAUGUUAACAGAGGAGGUAACCAAAGUGAAGUGGUAUUGUCAAAGUCUUUGGGAAGAAAUUGUAAAUAGUAGUUAGUAUGUACUGAUUGUGCUUUAGUUUCAUAGUUACAAAGUGUGUUUUGCUUAACUUGUGUGUAGAUACUGUAGUAUUUGCUAUUUGGAUAUAUAUAUGUGUGCUUUGCUAAUAAAUGAGCAUUAUGUA